ACUCUGCGUUAGUUGCUGCUUCUUGGGUCAUGGCCGAGGGGUUAGGAGACACUAGUGGAGACUAGGAAGCAUCUUCGUGCCCUUCACGACCUCUCGCUGGUACCCCGGCUUGGAGGUUGCACCUUGUAGGCGUGUUAGCCUGUUAGUGUUACCGCUUGCUGGGUCAGCCGGGGGACUUUAGGGGGUGCAGAGAUAGUGCACUGCGUGGGCGGGGGAAAAGCAGAAGAGAAUUGCAUAUGAUUAUUAUCUGAUUUGGGGGGAGGGGGAGAUAAAUUAGAAGCCCAUUUUGACCCUUGACCCGAACAAGAGUAAAAAGUGACCGACAUUGUUUAAAUUUUUUUUUUAAGCCAUCUCACCCUCUAGACUGUUUGCAAAAUUACUUCUCGUGUCCCUUUUUUUGUUCUCAAGAUUGCAUUUUUUAAAAGCACUUUUUAGCCGCAUGCGAACUGAGGCGGGGUACUUUUAGGCUCAGGUGAGGCAACUUCUGGAACCACGUGGGCCUGCAGUACGCGGGGAUGGAGGUCCUGAAGACGCUCGUGCUGAGGAGGACGCGCGGCCUGUGCCCGGGGAGAUGCAGGGCUUUGGCGAGACCGUGGCGGGUUAGACACAUCAGCACCUCGGCUUCCAGGAACACUGUGAUGCCGGCUUGGGUAAUCGAUAAAUACGGGCCGAAUGAAGUGCUCCGAUUCACAAAGAAUAUGAUGUUUCCUGUCAUAUACUAUCCAAAUGAAGUCAUUAUUAAGGUCCAUGCUGCCAGUAUAAACCCUAUAGAUGUUACUAUGAGAAGUGGGUAUGGAGCAAGAGCUUUAAAUAUGAAGCGAGAUCCACUGAUUUUGAAAAACAUUGGGCAAGAAUUUCCUUUGACCCUGGGCCGGGAUGUCUCUGGCGUAGUGAUGGAAUGUGGGCUUUCUGUCACCUAUUUCAAACCUGGAGAUCAGGUGUGGGCAGCAGUUCCUCCAUGGAAACAGGGCACUCUAUCAGAAUUUGUCGUAGCCAGUGCAAAUGAGGUAUCUCUUAAGCCCAAGUCUCUCACUCACACUGAAGCUGCUUCCUUACCUUAUGUUGCUCUCACAGCCUGGUCUGCUCUGAGCAAGGUUGGUGGGCUGAAUGACAAGAACUGUAGUGGAAAACGUGUUUUAAUUUUGGGAGCUUCAGGUGGAAUUGGUACCUUUGCUACACAGUUAUUGAAAGCAUGGGGCGCCCACGUGACAGCAGUUUGUUCUGGGGAUGCUGCUGACCUAGUAAAGAAGCUUGGAGCAGAUGAUGUAAUUGAUUACAAAUCUGGAAAUGUGGAGGAACAGUUGAAGUCCUUGAAACUGUUUGAUUUUGUCCUAGAUAAUGUUGGUGGAGGCACUGAAGACUGGGCUCCAAAAUAUCUCAAGAAAUGGUCAGGUGCCACAUAUGUGACCCUGGUCACCCCUUUUUUGCUAAAUAUAGACCACCUUGGAAUAGCAGAUGGAAUGGUACAAACAGGAUUUACCAUGGGAUCUAAGGCACUAAAGCAUUUUUGUCAAGGAGUUCAUUAUCGAUGGGCCUUUUUCAUGGCGAGUGGCAUUUACUUGGAUAAUAUUGCAGAACUGGUGGAAGCAGGAAAGGUCAGACCAGUUAUUGAACAAACCUUUCCUUUUUCUCAAGUUCCCGAAGCCUUCCUGAAGACAGAAGGUGGACAUGCACGAGGAAAGACAGUGAUUAAUGUAGUUUAAGGCAAAAAAAAUACACCGAAUAUUGAUUGACAGAUCUUCUUGCAGACUUUGGUGUGGGCCCCCAUAUACCCUCUUACCCCCACCUUCCUUCCUGACUCUCAUUUUCCAUAUUUAUCAGAAGUUUAAUGAGCACGAGUUUUAAGUGUUCAGGAGAUGAGGGAAAAUGUCUUUACAUUUUUGAGUCUCUAGCCACAAAUCUGAUUUAAGUGUUCCUGACUUAGGAUUUUCCACUACCCACAUGAAGUGCUGCCAGAAUGAAGCUGAAUCAGAGCUAAUUGCAGCUACUUCUUCCAUUAUUUUUUUUAAGCUCCUGAUUCAUUAGAUAGUAGGAAUGCUCCAGGGAGAAGUAGAGCUUUCUGCCCUGACACGGCCUUCCUGAGGUCCUUGGAGGAGCCCUGGACUGCAGGAGCCAGUGUUCCUCAACUCCAUUGUGGGGCAGGAGGCAGGCAGCGGAGCGAAUACAGACAUCCUGGAGCUGCCAGAAAGGGAGAGAAGCAUGGAAAUGUGGAGGAGCCCUGGCUGAGGGAUCACUAACUCUGGGACUUGGAACAAUUUAUAUUUCUCAUCUCCAGGGAGAGGGGCUGGACCCAGGGCUUCAUUGGCAAAGGGAUAUCUUAGAGGAGGAAACUCUCUAUCACUGCCAGUAGCACCUUUCCCAUAACUUGCUUAUAAACUGUGGAGAAUUAUCUAGAACAAUGAAAGGUUGUGAUUUCUUCAGAUUCACACAUUGAUCAGAGACUGACCUUGAGCAUCUUUCUAGCUGUCAGGCCAAUUCUCUAUCCACCAUACCAUGCUUCCUUAUUUGUAAAACAGAGAUAAUCUUAUGUGACCUACUGACUUCAUAGGAUUGAGGAUCAAAUGAAAGAAUAUAUGUAAAGAACUCUGUAAGCUAUAAAGAUGGUACAGCUGGAAGUUGUUUUGAGGACUUUUUUUGUUUGUUUUGCAACGUAUGUUUUAAUGUUUUCCACCAAAGCCUCAAGCUUCUCUGUGCCCAAAAAAAAAAAAAAAAAAAAAAAAAUCCAUGUUUUUAACAGAAAUAUUCUUCUAUUUAUGCUCUAUGGCCUGUGAAUUAUGGAAUACGACAAUCUUCAAAGAAUCCAAAUUGUGCGUGCAGUGUGGCACGCACAGUGGGCAUAAAAAAGACUGCAGCUAUAUGUCAGAAGUGGUAAAAACAGAUGGAUGUGGAACUGGACAGUGGUUGCUUAUGUGACCUGACCGUGGCGGAGGAAUGAGACAGGCCACAGGGUGCUCCUUUGUCACUCGUAAUGUCAGACCUAGAGGUAGAGCCCUGACAAGUUGAAGGGACCUCAUCAUAGGAUUUAUGGUCCUAAAAUGAGGACAAGGAUUGUAACCCAGCAUUGUUGGUACCCACAAUGAUGAAAUCGCCGAGCUGUCAAACACCUGGAUUUCCUCAUGCAGUCUUUCAGUCAUGUUAACUGUACCUGUUAGAUCCCAGAACUGAUCUAAAGCCGAGUUCCUAGUCAAAUUAGAUUCUCUUUUUGCUAGUUCUCCUUUAUGACAAAACAAAGAAAACCCUUUAACUUGGGCCCUGUCCUGUCUGUGUGCUCAUCUGUACUUUGACCAGCACUAUUACUUUAAAUAUAGAGCCAUCACUUUUCACUUGAAGGUGUGUAGACUCUCCCUGUCCUCUGAGAAUUGGAUCUUUCCUGCUGACUUAGCAUUGUUCUGGUUAAGCUGAAAAUCCUUUUCGUAUGUGACCUCUGUCACAUACACCUCCAUCAGACAAAUAGUGAUUAAAGAGUACCAGUAAGCAGGACAUGGGAGUAUAUAUGAUUGCAAUUCCAGCUACUAGGAAGACUGAGGAUGGCAGAUCUUUCCAAUUCAAGAAUUCUGAGCUUCAGUGAACCAAGCCAAUCAGAUGUCCAGACUAAAACCAGCAUUGUAUUGAGCCAAAUUUCAGAGAGAAGACUCUUUAAAGACAACUCAUUGCGAGAUGGAUGAUUCACAGUUCCAAAGACUAUGCUGUCUUUAAUGUUAGACAUGUUAAGACAUAUAACAUUAAGUUACACGCUGAAGAUUAAGACACAUAACAUUACAAUCUUUGAAAUUACCAAGGCCAAGCAAACGUCCAUUCUGAUAAAACUACCUUUUUUAAAAGCCCAAAUAUCUUCCCCUUCAUCUGUCUCAUUAGGAAUAAUCUCGAUGGAGCUGUCAUAAGCCAAGGUAUUAUUUUAUUUUCUGUUCUUCCAUUUAUUUUCAGUAAUUACUUAAGCUAUCUGAAAUUAUGUUUUAGUAUACAGUUAAGCUAUAUGAUUUGGUCUUAUGGGGAAACUCCCCCA